AAAUAAUAAUAUAAUUAAAAAACAUGAUGCUAAAUAUUUAAUUGCUAGAAUUGUAUUUCAAAAUGUUCCACGAACUUAUAUUUGCCCUCAGGGGCUUUGGUGGAGGUGCCUUUUACCUUGAUGGCGACACUUUUAAGAUUGCUAAAGAAUUAAUUGAAGCCCCCUUCCUUCAUUCUUCAGAAUUUAAAAUAAUCAGCGACAUUCUCGAGAUUGCCACAAUGUACAAAAAAAUUGAUAGAUUUAUAGAAAAUUAUGAACAAGUCUCAAUGUCAUCCCAAGCUCAAGGUCAAGGCCCCACGGGAAUUUUUGUGAGUUCUUUGUGUAAUGGGUUGCAAGAAAUUUUGGACACGUACUUAAAAAUGGUGCCCAAGUUGGAGCUCUUAAUUUUGGAGGACCCGUACACGACCAUGACACAUGUUCGGGCAUACUUGGAACCCUUUCGACCACUUUUCCUCGUCCUCCUGUCUCUUAUCAUGGAGGUCGAAGCACAAACUAAAAGUUCGGGUGUGAUAGUAGAAAUCGUCAAAAAACAUUACGACAUGAACAUUCAACUGCAGGAAGAAUUAAGCCCAUUGCUCCCUUGGGUGAAUAGAGCAUUAUAUGAGCAGAUCACAAAUUGGGUCGUGUUUGGAAGCUUAUUUGAUCCUCGCGAAGAAUUUUUCAUUCAAAAUAAAGCAAAUUCUGAAACAGAAGUGGAUGGAAUUUUCAAACCUCCAAAGUUUGAUACAAAUAAAACAAAUGGCAAAUAUAUUGUAAAUUUUUCGGUGGUUCCUUCACAUUUUCCGGUUCCUUUGACUGAGAGAAUAUUAUUUGUUGGAUAUGCUAUCGGAAUAAUUCGAAACUCUGAAAAAACCAAGAUGACUUUGAACUCAAAACAGCAAGAAUUUUCCAAAAGGAUGACCACUUUGCCUUUAGAUACAUUCCGGAUUGAAGACUUGGAUGAUGCUAUUGUAGAAUUAGCGACUGCAGUUGGCAAGGAUUUGCAUCACUUGGUGGUGACCGAGACUGAUUUACAAAAACACCUUGGGAUCGUUAAAGAUUUUUAUUUGACGGGACGAGGAGAGUUGUUUCAUGACUUUCUCUUGAAUCUCAAAGGAAUUUCGUACUCCAAAAACGCUUUGGCCUCAGAUGUGGCAUCCGCUUUUGUUUUGGCUGCGGGCAGAGUUCAAGUUCAAGAAGAAAUAUUUCAACGCAUACAAAUAUCUGUAAAACCUCCUCCAGAUAUCGUUAUUAAAUCCUUGUCCUCUUGUAUUGCAAGUAUGAGAUUGGAAAUGGAAGACGAGUGGCCCUUGCAUAUCCUAUUUACUCAAGAAUCAAUUAAAAAAUACAACGAAUUGUUUGUAUUUUUGUUACAAGUUCGUCGCUUGCAGUUGGACUUGAAUUUAUUGUGGGUAAAUACGAGGAAAGUGUUCAGAUUCCCAAUACCUAAAGGUCCUGCUGAAUUGAGGAACGUUAUGAGUUAUUUUAUUGACCACCUGCAACAUUUUUUACAGGAAGACGUAUUAGAAUAUCAGUUUGCAAAAUUGUCUGAAGCAAUUGUAAAAAGUGAUAAUUUUGAACAAAUUCGAGUUGCACAUGCAACAUUCCAAAGUAAUAUUUUGAAUCAGUCUUUUCGAAGUUCGAAACAGCUGCGGCAUUUUGUGGAAGAAAUCAUUGAAGUUUGUAACAAGUUUGUCAGCUUUAUAAAUAAGCGUCUAGAAUUGUCUGAAGUGAAGAACAUUCCAAUCAAUGAAGGGGUUUCCGAAGAAAUUUUGGAAUAUUCCAACGAUUUUCGGCGACAUAUGGAUCUCUUGCUUAAUUUACUGAAAGGGGUAGCAAUUAAUCCCCAAAGCGGUCAAUAUUUAGGCCAAUUCCUACUUCGAUUGGAUUUUAACUCUUAUUUUUCCUCUGUAAUAUCUGGCUUACAAGUUUGAUUAUUUAUUACUCAUAUAUAUAUUAACGAAUAAAUUCUACGCUGAAGAAACAUGGUUGGAAAUUAAAAAUAUUUUUCACAUGUGUACAUGGAAUUUACUGUUUCGUUUGUUACAUUGUGUGCGUGUCACACUUUAUGUUAAUGGGUGCAGGAUUAAUCGACACACAAUAAAAUUUCUGUUAAAAAAUAA